GCUUCACAAUAAUUCUCCAUAAUACAGCACCUCCACCAACGACGAUGCUGGAAGUCAUAUAUGUCGUGAGACAUGGCUACCGCUCAAAUUGGACUGUCGACCCUUCCACAGGCCACUACAACAGCACAGUCCCCUCUCCCACAGGCAUCGUGGCCGACCCAGCGCUCGCCUCCUACGGCGUGCAACAAGCCCAACAACUAGGCAAACACCUCUCACAAGUGCAUCCACCGGUAGAUCUCAUUUACUCCUCGCCGUUCUACCGCUGUAUCCAAACGCUCCAACCCUUCACAGAAACUCAAAAGUCUUCUGGCAAAAACGCCACCAUCCACGUCGACCGCGGGGUAGGCGAGUUCUACGGCCAAGCACGUUUCGAUCAUCCUUCUCCCGCGACCAUCUCGGUUCUGAAUGAACAUUUCGAGAAUUUGGUCGAAGCGGAGAAGAGUAUUAUCCCUUCGAAGAAUGGCGAAUCGAUUCCUCAAUUGCACGAUCGCAUCGCGUAUGCGCUCAGCAGUAUCAUUUCUCGGGCAGACUCUGACCAGAAUGAGCCCAAGACGUUAUUGAUAUGUACUCAUGCGGCUGCUAUGAUUGCCAUCGGACGGGCUCUGACGGGGAAGAUGCCGGAAAAUGAGGGAGAAGAGGAUUUCAACUGCUUUACGUGUUCGUUUUCGAAGUUUGUGAGGAAGCCUCAGUCGAAGUUUACGGGUGGUGGGUUCCGAGGGCAGAUUGCCGAGGGGUGGGAUGAGAAGAAAGCGGACGAAGUGCCCGAUUUGGGAUGGAGGGGAGCAGGAGUGGGAGGAGGUUGGGAUUGUGAAGUGAAUGGAGACUGUUCAUUCUUGAGUGGCGGAGCAGAGAGAGGAUGGCACUUCACCGGCGAUGAAGGUUUCCUAAAUUACGAAUUUACCGGCGUCGGAACUGAUGGAAUCGAGGCGGGAAGUGAAAUUGCUGCUGCGGAUGCUUCUGUCACCACCACGACGGCGGCGCCGCCAGAGGUGGAUUAUGGGUCUGAGUCUUUGCGUGUGCAUUGGAGCGAUAGAGUUCGAAAGUCGGGGACGACACGACUGUGAUUGAUAAAUAGAAAAUUAAGGGAGCUGCGAAACUUGG